CAUUCCCAACACUACAGUUUGGCACUUCUAUUGAUGUGCCUGGCCAAGAUGUACUAGUGAAGCUGAUGGCUCACAUUGAGAUGUUCUGCAACGAAGAGGGAAUAUUUCGUAAGUCUGGGAGUCACUCAAGAAUUGAGCAGAUGAUCACUGAUUUGGGAUCUCUCCCUUUUGAGUCCGUAGCAUCAAACCCUUCUUAUUCUCUGCCUGAUUUCUCUUCGGUUCUUAAACAUUACUUUAAAGAGCUACCAGAGCCUCUUCUUUUAAGAAAACACUUGGAAGCAUAUCGCCAAGCAUCAGAUAUGGAUGAUGAGAAAAGGAUGCUUUGUCUUCAGUUGUUGAUGCUCCUAUUACCGCCCACACACCACAUCGUAUUGACCCAUUUGUUGCACUUGCUCUCCAUUGUGUCACAUUCUGAGACCAGUCUUAUGACACCUCAUAAUCUGGCUGUUGUUUUUGGGCCUACUCUCUUUCUACAUAAGACACUGGAUGAUGUAAUGGGGGAAGUCUUACCUAAAGUCACGUCACUUCUUGAGUACAUGAUAAUGCACAAUGUUGAGAUUUUUGAAAUACCAGUUGAGGUUAGACUAGUUGCUGAGAAGUACAUGAAAAGAAGAGAGAUCAGUGAAGAUACAUCAGCGAUACCAGUGGACAUAUAUUCCAGUGCAUGUAAGAAGACAUGCAGUACGAGUGAGUUUCACGAACAAGGAAGAGAUAACGCUGUAGCUGAGCUUGCUUCUCUUUAUGAGUAUGUGAAGAAGAUGCCUGAUGGGCCUCAGAAGCAAAUGUUCCUUAAAAAGUUUGAGACUGGUUCAAAGAUGGCAGGUACUCCUCCGCCUUACGUAAAAUCAAAAAAGACAAAGGAGAAUAAAGCUACUCCUAAGCUUCCUAAAGCUGUAGGAUCUCAUCAAAUCAAUUCUACAGUAACACCAAUGAGGCCUGUAUUCAAGAAGGGCUUUCAGCUCCUUGUAAGUAACGUGCUUACUUCCAGAGUUUAGUGCUCAUGCAGCUUUUGU